AUGUUACUUUCAUUGGCCAACGAACUAUUGCACAGGAUCGUGUCCUUGCUUGAGCUGGAUGAUUUGAAGCGCACCAGAUUCACCUGCAAACAUCUGAACUACAUCGUCACACCUCUGACCCUCGAACACGUAGCGCUCAAUCUCAAUGACGACAUCCUCUUUCCUGUGUCGAUGUCACUCCUGCAGUCGCUAAGGUCUCGGAAAGACAAUCCUGGACGAUAUAUCAAAUCCCUCAGCAUCAACUCCUCAUUUGACCCUCCCUACAGCAGAUACCUUGGGUUUUGGGACAAGGUGGCGAACAGGAGGGCGCGAGUGACAAGUCUCAUUGCGACGCGUCUUCUUGAAGCCAUUCCUUCUUUGGUGUGUCUAAAGUCGUUACACUUCCUGGGUUUCCGCCAGGGUGGUUUUAGCACGCUCGAGGUGAACGCUGUUAUGCAUCGCUUCAGUAAACUCCCCCAACUUUCCACAAUCAGCAUUAUUCUUCACACCGACACAAUUCAUGAACCCUUCUUUUCUCACUUCCACAACCUUCGUGACAUUACGUUUAAUGGCCACCGCAUAUUGGACGUAAUUCCUUCCCUCAUGGCUAGCAGCCCCGACGUUUAUCGUUUGGAUCUCGUUAACUUCAGUACAUCAAACACGGCGUUUCCUUCGGUACGGGAUAUAUUCUCCUCGCUGCCCUCUGCGACAUACCGGCCGGUAGAACAUUUAUCCGUCGAAGGACAGUUCAUGCUUCCACCUUCCGACGUCACGUUCCUCAUUCCUCAUCUUCGACUUCUUGCCUCGCUCCAAAUCCACAUCGCGAAUGUACCGGAGCUGUUCUGGACUGCUCUUCGCACUGAUAAGAUCUUUCUACAACAUAUUUCCGUUGUCAUGGUCGACGACGCUCUCUUGGAGUAUCUUGGCUCAUAUUCGGGUAUCAUGACGCUGUCGCUCACGUUUACUCAGUCAGAAAGCGACGCGCGUGCACGGAGAUUCUGGAAGACAGUACUUCCCAAGCACGUGGGAACGAUGAAGGAGCUAUUCGUUCAUCCCAAUACUCCGGGAGAAUGGUGUCUCAAUGAUGGGGCGCUACGCAUCUUGACACAGUGCAAGAAUCUUGAGAUCCUUCGUGUGAUCGUCGAUCAGGAUCGAGUGGAUGUCAAAGGGCCAGAUAAUAUUAUCACGCGGCUCUUGGAAUGCCUCCGGCGAUGGGAACACCUGCAGAGCCUGUUCAUUCUCUCCGCUCAUGACCCUAAUGACUUUGGUGGAUCUGCUCUGCUGCCGUCGUACAAGACCUGCCGGCGAAUCCAGAAACUAAUUACUGACUAUCAGUGCUGCCGUCCAACAGAGGGUAUGCUUCGACUUGCGGUGGCGACGGAUUAUGCUGAGAACGUCCUGGUCAGGCGAGAGCUUGAAAUAGACGUGUUCUCGUUCCUGGCGACGCAGUCGUGGGCAAUAGGGAGUUGUUGA